CCGGUCCCGGGCCCUGAGGAAGGGAAGCGGCUCGAGGCUGACGAGUGGUGCGACAGCGGCCUGGGCUCGCUGGGCGAGGGGCAAGUGGCGCCGCUCGCCUCUGGCCCUGACGAGGAAGAGGAGGAGGAGGAAGAAGGGGGGGCCUCGGCCUGGCUGCGACACGUCCUCGGCUUCGUCACCGAAGACGGCGACACCGCCCUGCACUUGGCCGUCAUCCACGAGCACGAGCCCUUCCUGGACUCCAUCCUGCGCCACACGGCCGGUUCUGCCUUCCUCGACCUCCAGAACGACCUGGGGCAGAGCGCUCUGCACAUCGCGGUGAUCCUGGGGCUGCCGGGUUUCGUGCGGAAGCUGCGGGCGGCGGGCGCGGGACUGGGGCUGCGGGAGAGGGGGGGGCAGACGCCGCUGCACCUCGCCUGCAGGGAGGGGCGCUCGGCCUGCGCCCGUCUGCUCCUGGGGGGGCCCCCGGCCCCCCACCCUGACCACAGCCACCAGCUCGAGAGCCGCAACUACGACGGCCUGACCCCCCUGCACGUGGCGGUUCUGCGCGGGGACCUGGAGCUCGUGGAGCUGCUGCUGGCGGCCGGCGCCGACCCCGACGUCCCGGAGCCGAGCGGCGGUCGGGCUCCGCUGCACCUGGCGGUGGAGGCUCAGAGCGCGGCGGUGGCGGAGGCGCUGCUGCGGGCGGGCGCCCACCCGUCCCCGCGCAUGUUCGGGGGCUGCACCCCCCUGCGCAGCGCCCGCCUGCGCCCCGACCCGCGCCUGCCCCCCCUGCUGCGCCGCUUCGGCGCCCCCGACAGCCCCCCCGACGCCUCCGACGCCUCCGACACCGCCUCCGACAGCCAGGAGGAAGACGAGGAGGAAGAGGACGAAUACGACGACAUCGUCAUCAACCGCGGCCACUGACGAACCUGAUGUCCCCCCAGUUUAUGGGGGGGCUCUGCGAGGGGGGGCCCCGAUCCUCCCACACACACCGGGGCUGGGACAAUAAACGGGCGUCUGUGCCCCAAUUA